UCCACUCCAAACUGGAGAAAAAAUAAUGGAGGUUGUUAAGAACUCAAAAGAUCCCAGAAACGCAGCCACUAAUUCUAUGAAACCCAGAUAACAAAUCCAAUCCAUAAUACCCAGAAAGACUCCACCUUUAAUGGGAAAGUCACUUCCUUCCUCGACCCGGCUCCAAAACUUGACCCGAAUCAUCUCCUCCGACAAGUUCUCGCGCCCCCCGAAACGCCCGACCCAAGUCCGGGUUUCGCCGCCGCAAACCGCGAAAACGGGUAAUAUUCUCCGGGUCGACCCGGAGAAAGCCGUGCUGAAGAUGGAGAGCUCCGAAGAGCAGAGACGGGUCCCGCUGGCCCGGGUCGUAUCGGACUGCGCCAAGCGGUGGUUUCAGGACACGCUCAAGGAGGCCAAGGGCGGCGACUCCGCAAUGCAGGUCUUGGUGGGCCAGAUGUAUCACAGUGGCUAUGGUGUUCAGAAAAACCCAGAAAAGGGACAUGCUUGGAUCAGUAGAGCUUCAAGAAGUCGAAGAUCGGUUUGGAAAGUAAGCGAGAAGCAACCAGGUUACCACGCAAGUGAUUCCGACUCGGAUGAAUUGGAAGAGGAUGCAAAGUAAAGGCCAACUACACUUUCGUUUCGAAAUUACAUUUGAGGGGAUAUCUUCUCCAGAUGUAGAACUGUACUGAUGGCAAUGGUUUUGGACACUUCAAGAAGAGCAGCCUCUAGGUUAUACAGUGUUGGUUCACCUUCAUGUACCUAAGAGGCUAAGAAUGAGGUGAUCCUCUCAGCCUGCUUGAAUCGUCAGCAUGAUACUUGAAGAGAUGAGAAGAAUGUCCAUGAUGUUCAGUAAUUGUAUACUUUACCAGUAGAGAUUUCCUCUUUAGUUUUACCUCGCUCGGAACCCAGAACACAGGAUGACUCUUUGGGAUCUGCUGUGAUUACUAACAUGAUUGUCACUAUUUCGCCAUCUGCAAACCUCAACCUGUGGGCUUGUCAACAUGCUUCAUCUGUUAGCAUAAAUCAUGAAAUUUGUAUUUUCAUUGGGGAACACUACCAUGUUAAUUCACUGAAAAAUGGAAUUAGCGUGAAAGAUGAUUUUAUCGGCGCCUCAACUUACAUA